UAUAAAAGCGGAUGCACCCAUCAGUAGAGUAGUUUUUUGGAGAACGAGUUGGAACUUCAACGACAUCAGUAGAAGAUAAUCUUAGCCAUGAAGGUUUGUGUGCUUUUUGCUGUGAUUUUAUCCGUAGCUCAAGCUGCUACUCAAGUAUUCACCAAUACGCCUCUGUCACACUUCCAAAGAUACAACCCAGUUUCUUCCGGCCAGAGAUAUCCUGGCUACUUCUCAGGUAGAUAUGGACUGACUGGAAGGCCAGAAUACUUGGAAACUGUACAUCAAGAAUCAGGAAAUUACUAUGGAGGACAACGAGAUGGGAGGUUCGUCAGCCGAGAUGGACGGGACAACUUGAGAGGAUAUGACUAUUCUGAACGCCCAAGCAGAGGUUUUUCCGCAAGACCCUUCAACCAACAAUAUAAUCCUCAGGGGUCAUCUCGUUAUUAUGGGGCUGAUGGUUACAGAUAUCCUCAACAGCAAAUUUCUUUCAACUCCCCUUUGGCGAACACCAGAAGCUACAAUCCCCGUUUUGAUGCUAGCGGAAUUAGACAAAAUGAAUUCAGUCAUUAUUAAAAAGCAAAUUUAUUGUUUCGAUAAUUUGAGAUCAUGCUCGGUACUGGUCAGGCAUAUAAGCGUAGUUUUGGUUUCGGUGUAAUUUAAUGGAUUUCUAAUGAAUAUUAAAGAGUUUUGCACAUGAUAA